ACGAAUAGAAAUUUACAAAUCCUUAAGUAUAUAUUAAUGUCAUUACAAAUAAUCGAAGGAAUUUAUAUAAACUAAUUGAGCGCAUUUUUAUUACUAUUGUUUUUGUAAACUGUUGGUAUUUUAAAAACGCACAAAUUUGUUAUGAAGUUAAAAAACGUGGCUUUUAAUCACAAUAGCAUUGAGGCUCAAAUCUCAGCAAUUAGAAAUUUGCUAGAUGCUUUUGAUCACAUACAGUUCACCCACUUUAAUCCUUGUCUAUUUGAAAUAGGUUUGUACAAGAUUUGCUAAGUUAGGCCGACAAUUAUUCUUGAUAACUUCCUGCCAUCAUGUCAGAGAGCUUCAUAUGGCCGUAGCCGCAAAUAAAAUCGUUAAGCCAGCGAAUAAACUACUUUAAUGACAAAACCAUAAAAGGUUGAAAAAUAGUAAUAAGACUUUUGAAAAGUGCAAAGAUUAUUGCGAACUUGUGGAAAAAAAUCAGACCAUUAGGUGAAAAUUAACAAAAUAAAGAGCUAAUUAACAGGCCUUGAAUUCCAUAAAAUUUAAGUUUCAUUUCUCUAAAAUCAACAAGGUUUUUAUUCUGAGUAAUAAAAUACUCAAAGAGAUCAAUAAAGUUGCUGACUGCAUUUCUCGCUCUUGGGCAUCUUGGUUCUUGACCUGCAAGUUUAAAGCUCAAUAAACGAAAGUAAAGAUUUCUCUACUUGGAGUAGUAUACCAUCUGAUAUCAACAAUUUUGACAAUCAUGAAACAGUAAAACCUAUAGAAAAUUGCAAUUCGUCAUCGAUGUUGGGAAAACUUAAUCCUAUAACUCCAAGUUAUGUUUUAGCUGCACCCAAUUGCAACAAAGUUGAUAUAACAAACCAGGAUUUACUUGAUACAUCAUCCGAAAACUGGAGACAAAGUUGUUUCAGUAAAACAAGCAUAUCAAACAUUUCUCAAAAAAAUAAGACCGAGUUAGAAGCUAUAACAAUCAAGCCGAUUCAUGCUUUAUCUAAGAGUCAAUCAUUUGAAGGUUAUAAAUUCAGACUAUGUGAAUUAGAAAAAUUAAGUACAUCUUUGCCCAAUUUAAUGCAAGAUAAAGAUAAUAAAUUCGCUGACUAUACUGAUAAUAUUGCAAGAAAAGAUACUUUGUUUUCCGAAUUCGAAAUGAGAGAAAAUAAAGUUGAAAGCAACUCUUUCGAAUUGGCAGUUGAAAAAGUAAAAAAGCUAAUUGAAAGCCAACGCGAUAAUAUUGUUAAUCUUCAACAACAAGAAUCAGAAACGAUGAAUGAAAUUAGCAGAAACGAGGCGAUAGGAUAUAGUAUUAUCGAUAUUCUUAACAAACAUGAAACUUUAAAAAUUGAAGAGUUUUUAAAAUCGAUCAACAAUUUUUUGAAUAAAGUAAUAUUUCUCACGCAAAAAGUUAAUCGUUAUGAAAUUGAACUUCAUGAACUCGAGGAAGAUAGAAGUUUUAAAAAAAACGCAAUUAUCAGAAAAAUACUAAUGUUAGAAAACGAAAUAGAAGAAUGUUACAGAAGUUUACGAAAAAUAGGGUAUAGACGCGGUAAUCACAUACACCUAAUACUAAAAAAACAUCUUGAAGAAAAUGACAUUAAAACAUUUGAAAUUUACCUUGGUACAAAAUCUGAUCUUGCAUGGAAAUUAGCGGAAAUACGUGAAAAUAUUGAAGUUGAAAAAGAUUGUUACACAUCACUUCAGCAACUCGCACUAAAUUGGAACUUUCAAACUUAAUCUUUAAAACAAUCAAUCAUCGCAUAAAAUGAGUAUUAAUAUUUAUGAAGCCUUUUUAUUUUUAUAUUUUUCAUAGUGUAAUUAUUUAAUUCUUUUUAUAAAACUUUACUUGAGUUUGAUAGUUUUUCGUGAGCUCUGUUCUUAUAUCAGGUGUUUUUGGAAAUAAGUCGUUAAAAACUAUAAAUGCCGCUUCGAAUCACUUUUCACGACAAAAUAAUUAAUAGCAGUUGCGGGUAGCUCGCAAUGCGAGUUAUUAGUUAAUACUAUAUUUCUUAUUAUUAUUAGUUAUUAUAAUGCGUGUUAUUAGUUGAUAGUUAUUAGUAAAUAAACCAUUUCUAGCAAUUUAACUUGAUAUAAGGUCAUUCCAUGCCACACGGUCUAAUUUUCGGAAUCAUCUCCACUCGACUAUCUCAGAUUUUAAUC